UCGGAGCUGCGAACUGACAAGCUGGCCAAAUAACAAAACUGGCCAAAUAACAAAGUUGCCUAGAUGACCAGCUGCCUAAAUGACAACUAUAAAUUGCAACUGGGUCGACUAAUGGGAGAAAUAAAUUGAUACUUCUCGAUAUUGCCAAAAUGGCAUCUCCAUCUCCCGCUUCGCACCGUCCCCGCCAAAAAAAGAAGCUCUUGUCAUCUCCCUCCGGCUCCAACAAUGAUUUGAUUCUUGAACUGGGCACCCCUCAAGCUGCGCCUGCUUUCCCUCUUGUCUCGUUCUUAUGGGCUGCUCGAGGAGGAACAUCGCAAUGGAUUAUACUUCCCCUAAUUCUCAUGGCAGUGGGCUUAUUCCGAUGGGCUGUGAGUCUGUGGGGAUAUUCAGGCUUCCAAACCCCUCCUAUGCACGGCGAUUUCGAAGCGCAAAGACACUGGAUGGAGCUUACAAUCCAUCUUUCUCCGACGAAGUGGUACUUCUACGACCUGAAGUACUGGGGUCUCGAUUACCCGCCGUUGACUGCCUACCACAGCUGGUUGUUGGGGAAAAUUGGAACCUGGGUUGAUCCUACCUUUUUCGCUCUUGAUUCCUCGCGUGGUGUUGAGGACCCUCUUCUGAAAUUGUACAUGCGGGCUACAGUCAUCGUGUCUGAAUUCCUAAUCUAUGUCCCCGCAGUCGUCUUAUUCGUACGGCGAUAUGCUCGUUUGAAUGGCUUGCCAACCUGGUCAACAUCAAUUUCACUGGUCGCCAUUUUGAUGCAACCAUCCACUAUUCUUAUCGAUCAUGGCCAUUUCCAGUACAAUACGGUGAUGCUGGGGUUGAUGGCUGCAAGCAUCGAAAGUAUCUUGAUUGGAAGAUGGUCUCUUUCAUGCGUCUUCUUCGUCGCCUCCAUCGGUUUUAAGCAGAUGGCCUUGUACUACGCACCGAUCAUGUUUUCUUUCCUUCUGGGGAGCUGCAUCUUCCCGCGAAUUAGGAUCCCUCGUUUCUUUACCAUUGCUUUGACAACACUCUUGGCGUUUGCUAUCCUGCUGACUCCAUUCAUCCUUGUCUCCCUACAUGAUCAGAGUAAUGGAGUUCCUUUGCCGGGUUCUUUGCCUGAUUUCAUCGAUUACCUCCCAGCGCAAAUAACUGAAAAUGGUUGGUUUCAUGGACCGAUUCUUCAAGUCUCCCAGAUAAUCCAUCGCAUCUUCCCGUUUGCUAGAGGUUUAUUCGAGGACAAGGUGGCAAAUGCAUGGUGUGCCAUACACACUUUCUAUAAAUUGAAUAAUUUUCCCACCGAUUUAUUGCAGCGAAUAUCUCUCGGUGCUACUCUCGCCUCUAUCUUCAUUCCUUGUCUGGUGAUCUUCCUCUACCCACGACCACAACUCAUUCUACUAGCCCUUAGCAGCUGUGCCUGGGGAUUCUUUCUCUUUUCUUUCCAGGUCCACGAAAAGAGCAUCUUAUUACCUUUACUUCCGAUGACCCUUCUCCUCAGUGGCGAUGGGGGGCUGAAAAAAUCUUCUAGAGCAUGGAUUGGCUGGGCGAAUAUCCUUGGAUCCUGGACUCUGUUUCCAUUGUUGAAGCGAGAAGGACUUUCCAUCCCAUACUUUGUUAUAACCUUACUGUGGGCCUAUCUACUUGGUCUCCCCCCCACGUCCAUCGAAACAUAUCGGUCACGCUCAUCAAAAGAAUCAACCGUGCAUAUUCUCACUGGACUUAUUCACUGGGGAUUCUACAUCGGCAUGGUUGCUUGGCAUGUUCUUGAGGCAUUCGUUCCACCACCAGAAACGAAACCUGAACUCUGGGUUGUGCUGAACGCAUUGAUUGGUGCUGGCGGGUUUGGUUUGGCUUAUUUGUGGUCGAUCGGAAAUCUAGUUAUGCAGGCUUAUAAAAUAAGUGGCAAGGAGUCUACGGAAGGAUCUAAGAAGAAGACCCAAUAAGGGAGAGAUAUUUGCUUAGACUUUGUACGAUACCCUCGGUUGAUUGUACUAAUUG